AUGGUGUCACCGAUAGAAGACACUACCGCUGCGUCAGGACAGAGCACAGAAGGGGAUUUUGCUCAGCCCCAGCCAGCUGUCUCGCGCUGGAGACGAGUGUUUGGAGGAAAGUCCGAGGAAGCGUCCGAAUCAAGCGAGAACCAGACAUAUCGUUCAAGAUCUACACUGGGAAUCCUCAGUGAUAAACACACCGAUGAAGUUCCUGGAACGGUACUUCUAUUAUCAUCAAAUCGAAAUGAGCCCCUGGGGAUGAGGCAUCAACCGCAGCGGACGUCGACCUCAUCUAUCGCUUCUUCCUCUUAUCGACCCUCACGCUCCAACUCCAGAACCCGAUCCGCGAUACCAACGAAGAAAACAGCCGAUGGACAAUUUGUGCUUGAUCCCCAACCGGACGACUCCGUGAACGAUCCAUUGAACUGGCCCGUGUGGCAACGCGACGCUGCGUUGAUAUCGUUGGGGUUCUAUUGCUUGAUGGGAGGUGGCAUGACGCCUAUUCUAGCAGCUGGAUUCCAUGAUGUCGCAGACGCGUACGGAGUCACCACACAGCAGGUGGCUUUCACUACCGGGCUCUAUAUGUUGGGUCUGGGUCUGGGGUCUGUCGUCAUGUCACCUACAGCCAUCCUGUUUGGAAAACGGCCUGUUUACCUCCUGGGAGCAUCCCUUUUCGUGAUCUCAGCCAUCUGGUGCGCAGCCUCGCCGAGUUAUGCAAGCCUCGUGAUUGCUCGUGUUUUCCAAGGGUUUGCAGUUAGCCCGGUCGAAUGUCUUCCAUCUGCCACUAUUGCGGAGAUCUAUUUUUUGCACGAAAGAGCCUAUCGAGUCGGAAUUUACACGCUCCUGCUGCUAGGUGGAAAGAAUCUCAUUCCUCUAGUGAGCGCUGCCAUCAUUCAAAGCCUGGGCUGGCGCUGGGUGUUCUGGAUUGUAGCCAUCGUUGUCGGCGCAUGCCUGGUCUUACUAUUUUUCUUUGUGCCCGAAACAUUUUGGGAUCGGACACCACGUCCUCGUGCACACAAAACCAAACGUCCACCUGGCCCAGGUCGCAGUGUUUCUGACCUUGUUUCCCAUGGCUUCCGUGGACGGCGCCCGGCUGUGCAACUCCCGGACGAAUCUCCUGAGCUGGACGAUUCAAGUCCGACCUUGGGCGCGAAGAAAUCCAAACAUGCGCAUUUUGGAUUUGAGGACGACCAGCCAGGAGAAGGUAACCAGGCAACUGGAAAUGAAAAGUCCGAGUUUUCUCCAGAGGUUGACCAAGCGACCAACGGUGACCCACCAGUUACCCAGCCUGCUAGCUCAUCCAACGAGAAAGACGACGGCUUUAACCAAUCCGUACCUCACACUCCCGUGCUCGGUGCGCACCCAGGUGAUCUGGAGGCAGCUCGACCCGCUGCUAGCUCGCCCCCGACUCCGAGGACCGAGUCAGUAGAGCCUUCCGGACCACCGCUUACCACAACGCUUCAGUAUACAAAUCGACUGCGUGAACGGCCCAAAAUCCCAUAUUCCCAGCUACUGAAGGUCUGGAAUGGCAGGAUCAAUCAAGACAAUUGGCUACGUGUUGCCGUGCGUCCAUUCAUCCUAUUCGCAUAUCCAUCCGUGCUAUGGUCAACGGUGGUAUACGCCCUCUCCGUCGGCUGGCUGAUCGUGCUCUCGGAGUCCGUUGCACAUAUUUUUGAAGGCUCAGGAACUUACAAUUUCACCGCACUGCAGACUGGUUUGAUAUACAUAUCGCCGUUUAUUGGCGGUCUGCUGGGAACUGCGGUCGCAGGCAAAGUAUCGGACAUCAUCGUGCGAUUUAUGACCAGGCGCAAUGGUGGCAUCUAUGAGCCCGAGUUCCGUCUCGUGAUGGCAAUUCCCAUCGCAUUGUCGACAGUCAUAGGUCUAAUGGCUUUUGGCUGGAGUGCUGAGAUCGGCGAUUCUUGGAUUGUGCCGACCAUCUUCUUUGGAUUGAUCUCAUUCGGUUGCUGCUUAGGCAGCACGACCGCUAUCACCUUUUGUGUGGACAGCUACCGCCAGUACGCUGGAGAGGCACUGGUGACACUGAACUUCAGUAAAAAUGUUCUCCACGGCCUGAUUUUCUCACUCUUCAUCGUCGACUGGCUGGACUUCAGUGGCUCACGCACUGUCUUCCUAUCUAUCGGUGGCAUCCAGCUUUUCUUCAUGCUCAUGUCGAUUCCCAUGUAUAUCUAUGGCAAACGGGCGCGCAUGUGGACAGUUCGCAAGCAGCUGAUGGAGCGCUUCUGA